GAAACGACGAAGCUCAGCUCGUGAAUCAGAACAUAACUGAAGAUCAAUCAGUUUCUGCCAAAACUUUAUUGUUAAAGUGAUUUUAAAAUUUGUUCACCUGGAGGAGCCAAACUGGAAUCAACGAAAAGUAUCGAGGUAGAUUUAAUUGUUGUAGUGGCAUCGCGGUGGUGUACGUUUACAUACACAACGUCUGGCUGGUUACUUGUGAACGCAGUCGACUAGUACCAUUAUCACCUGAUUUUGUUUUGCUCUGUGCAUUGCACGCUUCUGUGAAGCGGUGCUGUUGUGUCGGAUAGAGUCCCGAGUCUCGGUGCGUUCGGUAGUCCCCAAAACCGAAACAUUGUAAUUGAUGUGCAGGACUCUGGUCUGAUACCGGCUUUAGCGACGGUACGUAAUAUAGUGAAACUUUCAGUGUGGAUAAAGGGAACGCAUUGCAAGCUUGCAUUCGGCCAGACAGUGUAUUUAUUCUUAUACCAUCGCUUUGCCAUUGCUCCAAUUAUUUUUACAGCAGAGAAAUUCAAUUCCAAUUUGAAUCUCUUCCAUCAAACCGAUUUUUUAAAUCAUGGAUGCAUGCAAGGCCUGCGGUAGGAAUGUUGGGCGAUCUGAUAGAAGUGUUCUGUGCAGCGGGUUGUGUGGAGGAGUUUACCAUCCGGGCUGCGUGGGUCUGAACACUACCAACUUUAAGGCUUGGACAGCCAAUGUUGGUCUUCUGUGGUUCUGCGACAACUGUAGGGUCAUUUUCAACCCUAGCAUAAUGAAUCGGGAAUCUGUGAUAAUGAAGACGAUGCGGGAUUUAUUGCUACGAGUCGAUUCAAUGGACCUUAGGAUUGGACAGUUUGGCGAAAAUUUGAAAACACUUUGUAACCUGCUUUCAAUAUCAACCUCAAUCAGACGAGAUUCCAAUAUUUCGUCCAGACCUCAAAACUUUUCUUCGGUGGGACCAGCGAUGCUAGAUCAUUCCGAGUUUUAUAACAGCAUCGAUCGCUUCAACUUGGACUUGUCGCUUCGUUCGAAUGUCGCCAACAUGACACUAUCUGGUGAAGAUGUUGAGUCUAUCGCCGAUUUGAUUGAUGAUGCCGCUGGUGAUGUCGAUAUAAACGCCAACACAACGCCCAAUGCCCCCGCCACGAAUAACGCCGCCGCCACCAACACCGCCACCGCCACUACCGCCACCACCACUGCCACCACCACUGCCACCGCCACCACCACUGCCACCGCCACCACCUCCUCAACAUCAACCGCUAAGCGUCCAUAUACUUCCACAGUUUCUGCUAAUACCGCAACUAGAAACAUUGCUUCUGACGGCACCAGUGCUGGCGCUAAUUCUACUCUGGCUACAACUGCAACAAAUAGACGAGCUGUACCUGCUGCUUCUUCUUCUGGGACUAACAAUGUGAUCACCGAAAACUGCCGUCUACGGGUAGUAAACCGAAAUCAUCGUCGGGACACACGGAACCUAACUGCAGAUCACCUUAAGUCGUUCUACGUAACCCCCUUUGAUGUGGAACAAACCGAAGAUGACAUUGUAGAAUAUUUACGGGAGACUAUUAAUGUUGGAGAAUCCUCGUUGAAAUGUGUGAAAUUAGUUCCUUGAAAUAAGGACA